GCUGUUGAAACAGAUGUCGGCGUAGAUGUCGUCACUGAUCAGUGUUAUGCCGUGGUUCUCACAAAAAUCCGCCAUCAACUCUAGGUUGUCUUUGGUGAAAGCCUGCCCAGUAGGGUUUGAGGGGCUAUUUAUGAGCAUGACUCGUGGAUUGGCGCCGGCAUGAACCGCUCUAUCGAAUGCCGACUGCAACGCAGGAACUAGGGAGAGCGUGAGAAGAGCGACGGUCGUUACAUCCAUGGUCUACUCACACGAGAUGGCAUGUCGGUCUUGUUCGUCUGUUUCGACCCAAAACAGCUUCUUCCCGGCGUGCAUAACUUGCGGUUCGUAGCUUACCCAGGACGGUCGAGGAAGAAGGACGUCUCCGUGAAGGAUGUCGAAUAAUGCGAACAACAGUGGUUUCGAACCCGGGGCCACCACGACCUGAUCUGGCCGGAUAGCGACACCAAGGCGUCGCGCUUGGUGGCGGGCAAUAGACUAUUACGAAUAUGCCACCAACCUCUCUGAGCUUCAUUAAGCCGGCGACAGGCUGGUAGCUCGUCUCCUCGCUAGCCUCCCGGUGUGCUUUGAGGACAUGCUCGGCAAUGGGAAAUGUUGCCUCUCCAAAGCCCAGGUGAACAACUCGAUGGCCUUCCGCUUGUUUCUUAUGGACAAGCUCGUUAAUCUGUAGGGUGGGCGACAGGCAGAGCUGCUGUGCCAAAAAGGUCAGGGGAUUUUUGUUCGAGUCAAGCGAACCCAUGGUGAGUGAUUGGCGUGGGUUGAUGCUGAUAAGACCGUUGAUAGGGGAGGUGACAAGAUCGGACCAGGAGCAGCCAAGCGCUCCUAUAUCCGUUUUCCCUUUGUGAGACGAUGCGAAGAAACCCUCGAGGCACCGGCGAUUUUUUGCCAGACUCGAUGGAGUGACUACUAGGAACAUACAAUGAAAGGAUGGGGGGCUCGCCGGGAAUUUAUCGCCGUGAUCUGCAAUAACUGGGACUAUCCAGAUCACCUCAUUCUUAUCCUGAACAGACCAAGAGCAAUGGAAAGAAGAUAUGAAAACCCUUCGAGUAUCCUUCUUUGAAAUUUGAAACAGCCAACCCCUUGCAAACAUCGCCACCACGCCCGCUAGAAUGGAAUCUAAAAUGGAACUUGCCACCGAUGCCAAGGAUGCUGCCACUAUCACUCCGGCCAGGGAUGAGAUGCCGCUUCAGCAAGGUGACCUCAAAUCAGCCGCUGGUGACGACGAGGACGUUGGCCUUCGUAUUAUCCAUGAAGCUGGCAAUGCCAUUAAUGCUAGCGUUGAUCCGGCCGUCACGCGACGUACCUUGCGCAAGAUAGACACUUGGGUGCUCCCUCUCCUGGCUCUUACAACGAUGCUCCAGUUCUUGGACAAAUCGACCUUAGGAUACGCAGCCAUCUUUGGACUUAUCGAGGACACCAACCUUCACGGAACCGAGUAUUCAUGGUUGGGCAGUAUAUUCUACUUUGGCUACAUGAUAACUCAACCGUUCGCUGCCCACCUGUUGCAGAAAUUCGCUGCCGCAAAAUGCCUUGCGGCCAGUGUAUUGCUCUGGGGAGUUAUCCUGUUCAUGCAUGUGGUGUGCAACAACUGGGCCAAGCUCAUGGUUGUUCGCUUCUUCCUGGGCAUGGCAGAAGCAAUUGUCACUCCAGCUUUCAUCCUAAUCAGCGGCGCUUGGUAUGCCAGACAAGACCAGCCGCUACGGAUGGGCUUCUGGUUCUCCUUCAACGGCGUUGCCCAGAUCGUGGGAGGUUUGUUGUCGUACGGGUUGGGACACAUACACGUGGGGAUCGCGUCUUGGAAGUGGAUGUUCCUAGUCACUGGAGCCAUCUCGGUGCUGUGGGCGAUUGUGCUGUGGUUCAUGUUGCCGGACAACCAAGGCACGGCAUGGUUUUUGAACGACGAAGAAAAGUAUGCCUCGAUCGAGAUGGUCCGUCAGAACCACACCGGCAUUCACAAUACCAAAUUCCGCCGCGAGCAGCUUGUCGAAGCUCUAUGCGACUUCAAGACAUGGGCCUUUUUCUGGAUGGCUCUGAUUUGGAAUGUUCCUAAUUCCAUAGCGACUUUUGGCAGUCUUGUUAUCAAAAACUUUGACUACGGCGUGCUCGAGACGACAUUGCUUGGGAUGCCCGCCGGAGCUCUCGAAUUCGUCCUCAUGUUGAUAAUUACCUGGGUAUGCCUCAAGGUCGCAAAUACCCGGACAUGGUGCAUGAUCACUGCCCUGACCAUCGCCCUUGUCGGGUCGAUCAUGGUCUUUGCGGCUCCUUACCACAACAAGGCCGCUCUGCUGGCUGGAUACUACAUGAUUUAUGCUUUUCCCACAGGUUACAUUUUACUUUUAUCCAUGAUCUCUGCCAACACUGCCGGCCACACGAAGAAAGUGGUCACAAACUCGAUGGCUAUGAUUGGCUAUAGCACUGGAAACAUCAUUGGACCACAGUUCUUCAAGCCAUCCCAACAACCUCGCUACGGCCUUGGGAUUGGAGCUUGUCUGGUUUCUUUUGCCAUACUGAUCGUCAUGCUCAUUGGAGUUCGUAUUUAUCUGGUUUUCCAGAACAAGCGCCGCGAUAUUACGAGACAGCAAAUUCACGGGCAGGUUGAGGAUCAUACGACGACCGAAUUCGACUUCAAAAAUUUGACGGACAAGCAAAACCCGCUCUUCGUUUAUGCCUACUAGGAUUGGCAUUCCCGGGAGAGGAGUUAGUUGCCAGGGCAGAAGAAUGUUCGGUCAUGUACAUUAAGAGUCUGGCACGUCGAAUAAUUACUUUGAGCGCCGUGUCGGCUGAAGCAGAUGAUGUACUAUCAAGCUUGAGUACGGACAAAGGAUUUAUCGGUCCUUCGACAGGCAAUAAUUGCAGAAAUGGGCAGAGGAAUGGAGGGUUUUUUCGUCUCUACUCUGGCACUUAGAGCUGUAUUCCUGUAAAGUCGACAUGAUGGCCUCGAUGGCCCUUCCAUGUUCAGGUCGACCCUGAGGCAUUCCCAAUACUACUAUCCAG